AUGCCUGGGAAUAUUGGGCCAACGCAAUAUAAUGAUGAACAACUAUCAAAAGCAACUGGUCAUUUCUCCAACGACUACAUACUUGGCCAGGGUGGUUUUGGUCAAGUCUUUAAGGGUGCCCUACACGGUGAAAUCCUUGCUAUUAAGAAACCUCACUAUUUCCAGGAACAGACCAGAGAAGAAUUGGUCCAUGAGAUUGCAGUCAUAAGCAGUGUUCGUCACUGUAAUCUUGUUAAUCUGCUUGGCUACUGCAUUGAAGGAGCUAACGCAUUGCUUGUUUUAGAGUAUCGUCUCAAUAAAUCCUUGAGACUUCAUUUACAUGGAGGAGGAAAGGAGAUUUUGGAUUGGCCGACAAUAAGGAAAAUUGCCAUAGGCUCUGCAAAAGGAUUGGAAUAUCUGCGUGAGCACUCAUCUACUAAGAUUAUUCACCAAGAUAUCAAAUCAGAUAACAUUCUUCUCGAUAUCAAUUUUGAACCAAAGGAAGGUCUUCUGUUUUCCAAUUAUCCAGCUCUUGCCCCUCAGCAAUUGGCGAGAUCAGGGCUUCAUAUAGGGAGUCCAGCUGUUGAGGAGGCGGUCUGGGUUGGUAAGCUGCUUGCGGUGGAUACUGUGGGCAUGGGUGAGGAUAAUUUGGAAAAAGGGAUGGAACAUUUGCUAUUGUCAAGCCGUGAGCAGGAGGAUAUGGCCGAAAAUUAUUCUGAGAGAAAGGAGAUUUUGGAGGUCUCUCCUUAUGGGGGAGACGUCACAGUUGAAUUUGUACUGUUUCGGAAAGGCGUUGGCCAAAUCUUUCCAGGAGCGCAGCUUGCUCCUGUCUAA